UGCUUGUGGUCUGCACCCAAGUGUGAUUGCUGUUCACAUCUCCAAACGAACUAUGUUAUGACGGAAGACACAUCGAUGUUCGAUUCAAAGGGACUAAAUGCUGCACUUGUGAAAGCACACUAACCUGAAACUUGUGGAUUCGCAGAACUGGAUUCCAAUCCCAGCAGGAUGGAUGUUGAGACUCUGAGUAAAGCAGAGCUGCUAAUGCUGCUGAGCAUACUGGAAGGAGAGCUGGAGGCUCAGGACCUUGUCAUACACACUCUCAGGGCACAACAGCGAGACACGUUUGUGCAGGAGCGAUACGGGCGCUAUGACCUCAGCGAUCCCUUCAUGGCUCUUCAGAGAGACGACGAGGCAAUGCAGGGUCAUGGGCAAGAUCAGCCUCAGGCUCGGGGUCAUGGUGGGAGAGGCCAGGUCAACCCAAGCCCACUAGCUGUCCUUAAGCUGGUGAUGAGCCACUGCAAGCGCAUGCAGGAGAAGAUGAUGGCACAGCUAGCAGCGGCUGAGAGCAGACACAGACGGGUUAUCGCUGACCUAGAGGAAGAGAAACGGCGCCAUGCCCAGGACACGGCUGAGGGUGAUGAUGUGACGUACAUGCUGGAGAAGGAAAGAGAGCGACUACUGCAGCAGUUGGAGCUGGAGAGGGCACGGGCUGAGCGUCUGGAGCGUGAAUGUCACUCACUUUCCACCCAGCUGGACGAGAACCAGGCACAGCAGCAACAGCUCUCUUCUAACCUGGCUAAGGAAUGCCAGCGUGCCAGUGCCCAAGCCCAGGAAGAGAGUGAACGUGUCACCCAGCUGUGCAGGCAGCUGGAGCAGGAACGCAGUGCCACGCAGAGUCUGCAAGGAGAACUGGAGCAGGAGAAGGCACGUGCACUGCAAACGGAGGCCAGAGUUGAGCGCCAGCUGGCUGAGUUCGACACGGAGUGUGAGCAGAUGAGAGCAAAGCUGCGCAAAGAAGAAAACCACAGCAGAGAACUGCAAGAGCUGAUCGAGCACCUCAGGAAAGAGCUGGAGGAUGUGACGGAGCAGGAGAAAAAAUGGAGAGAAACAGUGAAGGAGGAAAAGAAAGCAGCAGAAAAGCAGCCGAAAGCAGUGUCAGCUUCUGCAGCCUGCCAGACUGAGCCAGAUGGGAAGGUGGUGAGCACUGAAAAAUCUCAACGGCUGAGACUUAAUGGGCAUCAGCUGCGUAAAGAGAGCGAGUCUUCAGAAGAGAAAAGCACUGAAAACGGAGGAGUAGAGAACGGAGGAGCUCUGAGCUCACCUGUGCAUGCGCUGCAGUCUCUCUCUCCCAGCAGCACGGCCUGCUCAUCACUCUCCUCCUCGCCAUGCUCCUCGCCCGUCCUAGCCAAGCGCUUGGUGUCAUUGGGCAGCUGCAGCCCCACGUACCCAUCAUCCUACCAGGCGAGCGUCAACCAGCGCUUCCAUGCUGCCAGACACAAGUUCCAGCAGCAGGCUGAGCAAGGAGGAGCGAUGCCCCUGUCACCUCGUGAGCUUUCACCCACGUCAACACCAGUGCCCCCUCAAUCUGAGAACUCCACUGCCAAGCAGAUGGCUCGCAACACUGUCACACAGGUGCUGUCACGCUUCACCAGCCAACAAGCAGCAAGCAAAGCACCUGCUCCUAACAGCUCACCGUUUGGCACUGAUUACCGUACACUCGCAACAGCCUCCUCACCCACCAGCAAAGGCUCAUGUCCUCUGUCGCCUGGCAUCCGCUCGCCCAUAAUCCCCCGUGGAGAGAGAAGCUUCGCAUCCCCCGUCGGCCAGAAGAAGCCUGGCACGAACCAGAAUCCAGGCUCACCCGUAUCUGCAUCCUCGCCUCACUCUUCUCACUUCCCUGAGCUCUCAAAUAGCUGCGGUAUCAGCAGCACACAGGAAGGCACCAAAGAGCUCGACUUGCUCAUGUCCAAAUCCAGCUAACCACUAACAACAGACAAGCUUUCACCACUUAAACUCCAUUUAAAUUUAGCACUAGGCUUUAAUAGGAAACUGGUGUUCUGGAAACUGUGUACUUCAGUGAAGUCUGAAAUGGCUUGAAGCACUAAGCAAAACAAAAAGGACAUCACGACAGCCAAAACAACUCGCACAUACUAAACCUUCCGAUUAACUAAUGAGUCAAAUCAAACACUGAUUUUUUUUUUGGAGUGUUGGAACGGUGGAGCUUACCAAACUAUAGAAAUCCAGCUAACCACAAGCUAAAUCCACAAAUAGCUCAAAUUAAAGGGCCUAAUCCAUAUGCAGCGCCUCUCAUCUCCACCCUCCACUCUCGUCCCUCGUCUAACAGAUUACAGAGCACUGAAAAACACUCACAUUUGCACUCCUGUAUUCCUUUACGCUCCAAAUCCACACAUUAAAAAACAAAAAAAAACCCUUUUUAGAUCUGUGAGAGGCAGAGCGGUGGACACAGGCUCUUUCUUCUACUGUAGACACUACGCAAGCAAGACAACAUUUAUUUAAAUGUCCUUUUUUAGUUAAUACAUUAUUCUAUAAUCAGCUUGUAUAUUGAGAUUUUAUUUAUCCCUAUCAUGUUUCUAUCAUGCUCCUAAGUGGGAAGAAAUGUUAUUUAAAAAAAAAAAAAAACUGACUAAAUUAAACAGCAAUAAUUAAUGAUGCAUUCUCAGGUGAUCGAUUAAUAGUUAAUAAGAAUAACCAGGAAAGGAUCACAUUAGUUGUAUGUAUCAAAUAUAUACUAUGAUAACUAUUUCCAAGUCGUAGAACAAAUUGCACUUUGAAUAUAUUAAACCCUCCUGCUUUCACUGGAUAUGGAAAACGUCACCUUUUCUCACAGUUGGGAAGAAAAAUGCUUUUGCAAGCUACGUGUGGAAGAAUAUUUCAUAAUAUUAGCACAGAGAAUUCAAGAUAGUAAAGUACUCGAAUGGUGUGCUGAUAUACCAUUUACUAUAGUAAUGUACAGUUUGAAACCCAAGUGUUUGUGACACUGAGGAUGUAGUUUUCUGCUGCUCUUACGGUAUUAGAAAAAUGAGAAUUUACAAAAACUAAUGUGUGUAGGAGUAUUACGAUCACAGCUCUGAUCCAGCAGCAGUCUGCCUGUCGAAUUUGCUGAGAUGCAACCGUGCGCCUUUGGCAAGUUCGUAAACAGUACAUAAGCUACAGAUGAAUGAGCUAAUCACCUAAUGUUAGCCAGCUAGGUAAAAGUUUUACUUGAAAAGAAAAGUCACACUGCUGUAAUCUCAGAACAAACAUAGGGGCUUUCCACAAGGCUGUGCGCAUCUCCGGUGCUAAGGGUAGUAAGCUAGCUAGCUAGCUAGAAUAAAGUGUAAAGAACAAAACGAUCUUGUUUGGUCGAUAAAAGAUAUGUACUGAUAGAUUUAACAGCUUGAAGGAUCAAAAUACACAGAAACAUACCAAACACAACUAGUUGUGAAUCUAUCCACUUGAUAGCUAUCUUUAUCAUUUUCGGAAAAAAAAAAAAACUUUAAUGUAAUAUAAGUUCCACAAAUCCAUAUAGAAUCAAUCAAGCAAACAUGAUAAUGCUAGCUUCCCAACAAAUUAAAUGAAUGAAUGCGUUAUCUGUUCAGCAAGAGAAAAAAAAGCUGCAACUCUUGGAUCAGUCCUGAAUCUAUUUUCCUUUUUGCCUACAUUGAUUCUUUCCUCUGAUUGGCUGCCUGUCACUGAUGUAGUCCGAUUUCUUUCGUGCCUAAAGUUGGGCCGUGAUGGUCCCUGUGUCCGAAAUCGCUCACUCGUUCACUACUCCCUACUCCCUAUAUAGGGAAUUACUAUAUAGAGGACUAUAUAGUGAGCUCAUUGGUAAAAUGAAAAAAGGCUUUCGGACACUAGUCCAUCGCGCUGGUAUUUACAUCAUUAUUGUCACACAAUUAAAACGUGCCAUAUCAGUCGGCUGGUGGGUUUUCAAAAUAAUAAAUCCAUGCAUGUAUUUUUGUGAUAAAUCCAUAUUAUACCGAGCGCAUUUCCCACAUUAAUCAUUACAAAGUAUCUGCAUCUUUCAGUUUUUUUAAAUCAAGGCUGAAUACUUUCUUCUUUGCCACUGACUUUUAUGAAAUCAAAUUUGGGACUUUUAAUUUUAUUUCUUUCAGUGUGACCGCAAUGCAUGAUGGGAUACAUUGCUUUGGUUAGUGACCAUCGGUUGUACACUACUUUUCGUGAUGCAUUGUUGGACACUUUGAGUGCACUAUACAGGGUGUAAAUAAUCCUCACUGAGGUUUCGGACAGCACUACAAAAUGGUGUCCCCACUAUAUAGUGCCCUAUAUAGUGAGUAGGGAGCGAUUCCGGACAUGGGGGAUGAUUGACAUAACCAUACUGGCAAAUGAGGGCGGCACGGUGGUGUAGUGGUUAGCACUGUCGCCUCACAGCAAGAAGGUCCGGGUUCGAGCCCUGUGGCCGGCGAGGGCCUUUCUGUGUGGAGUUUGCAUGUUCUCCCCGUGUCCGCGUGGGUUUCCUCCGGGUGCUCCGGUUUCCCCCACAAUCCAAAGACAUGCAGGUUAGAUUAACUGGUGACUCUAAAUUGACCGUAGGUGUGAAUGUGAGUGUGAAUGAUUGUCUGUGUCUAUGUGUCAGCCCUGUGAUGACCUGGCGACUUGUCCAGGGUGUACCCCGCCUUUCGCCCAUAGUCAGCUGGGAUAGGCUCCAGCUUGCCUGCGACCCUGUAGAACAGGAUAAAGCGGCUAGAGAUAAUGAGAUGAGAUACUGGUGCAUGAGAUACUGAUGCAUGCAGACAUUUCCAGCCAAAUUCCAACCAGACACAACACUCACCAUGUGUACACUCACAAAAUAUUCCAGUUUUUGUCCUUAUUUGGAAAAAUACAAUAUUCCUAUUAAGCAGUUUACACGGCUAUUGAAAACGAAUAUUCCACCAAUGUUCCUGUUUACAUGCAGCCGUGUAUACUCCGAUUGUCUAGUAGCUUUGUGUAUAGCCCACAGAUCUGAGCAUAAACAGGCAAGAGGUCAUGUGUCGCAAACUGCAUAAAACCCCCAAUUAUGAUGUAUACAAUACAUUCGGAAUAUGCAUGUCCAAAGAACACUCCUAAAACCCGAAUAAUAUCAGCAUAUCCUACAUCUUAAGCAGAAAAUGCUAAAUUCGGAAUAUCCAAAUGAAAUUUGCUGUUUACAUGACCUGUCUCAGGGUGGCACAGUGGUGUAGUGGUUAGCACUGUCGUCUCACAGCAAGAAGGUCCUGGGUUCGAGCCCAGCAGCCGACGAGGGUCUUUCUGUGUGGAGUUUGCUCCGGUUUCCCCCACAGUUCAAAGAUAUGCAGGUUAGGCUAAUUGGUGGCUCUAAAUUGACUGUAGGUGUGCAUGUGAGUAAAUGGUUGUUUGUUUCUGUGUCAGCCCUGCAAUGAUCUGCCGACUUAUCCAGGGUGUACCCUGCCUCUCACCCAUAGUCAGCUGGGAUAGGCUCCAGCUUGCCCAUGACCCUGUAGGACAGGAUAAGUGGCUACAGACAAUGGAUGGAUGGAUGGUAGUUUGUCUCUAUGUGUCAGCCCUGCGAUGACCUGGCGACCUGUCUGUAGUCAGCUGGGAUAGGCUCCAGCUUGCCCGUGACCCUGUACAGGAUAAGUGGCGAUAGAUGGAUGGACGACCUGUCUCAAAACUUCAAAUAUUGUCAUAUUCGGAAUAAUAGUGGAAUAUCAGUGUGCAUGUAAAUGUACUGACUGAGUUUUUUAAAGAUUAUAAAAUCCUACACUAUAGGUUUAAGCUGUUAAAGAAAUUGGAAAAUAUAUCAGGAUGCGUUAUUGAUUCACUGUCUUGACGAAACCUAGUUUUGUAUGCACUAACAAUGAUUAAAUUAAACCAAGUUUAGAGCUAUUAUUUUGUGAUUUGCCAAUGAAGGAAAAUAGCAAUAACUUUGGUCUUAAAAAUAAUUGGCCUAAAAACUUCAUUAUUGUUCCCUGAUCUAUCAUUUAUGCUGUUAUUCUGAGAAUUUAAGAUUGAAAUUCAGAUUAAUUUUAAAUGCAUUUCAGGUAAUAGAGUAACAGGAUUAAAGUUAAAUUGACUGAAAAACUAGAUCCAGUCUCUUUGGUGGUUUAAGGCAGCUGGGUGAUUUAAUUCAGACUAAAACUUAAUCUUCGUUGGACUAAAUUUAAUCAUGCUGAAAAAGCUAAAGAACUUGCUCUUGUAAGCAGAGAACAGUCUGCAGAAACUGACGAGCAGAUCUGCUUCUGUUCUAAGCAGAACAGAAAAACACUACAACUAGUGUUUAAUCAAUUAGUUGCCUCUGGUAUGUUAGAACAGGGAAAUGAGCAAACAUCGCCCUCUAGUGUCAGGAAAACGCUCUUACUCCAUUUAACAUUAGCCUUCAGCAUGUGAAGGAACACUGCAUUUUUCCACUUUCAGCUACAAGUUGUGGUCAAGAGUCAAGUUCUAGGAAAAUACUCCCUCCAAAUAAUGUAUGAAGCUUGAACUAGUCAGCCAGGUGGGUAGUAAAUGCUCAGUGUACAUAAAAAUCUAGCAUGUGAUUUAAAACAUUAUAUAAAAAAACCAAACAUAUUAUCUGAAAAAAAAAUAUUUAAGAACUAAAAGACAAGGCUUUCCUGCAUGCUUUUCCACUCCCCAUGUGAUCAUGUAAAAAUGCAACAGGAAUUUUGACUCAUGUACACAAUUUGAUUCACAUUAUAUAGCAUUAACUUCAUAAAGAAUUGUAUGUAGUAGUUUGUCCAAGAUACUAGAAAUAGCAUAUUAGGAAUGAAAGUUACUCAUUAGAUAAAUAAAAGCACAAAUGGGUGAGCGAGAAUGGCUCUUGGUCAUUUUAAACUCAAACCAUCUCUAGGGCCGUGUAAUAGACAUGAGACUUAAAAAAAAAAAAAAACUGCCACUGAAUGGAGUGUUGUACAUGAUUGCUUCAUGUUUAGAGACUUACCAUCCUUUCACUUUUCUUGUUAAAGGACACUUAAAUUGGAUGCAAACUGAACUUUUAAACACCCUUCAGACUGAUGUCUAACCUGUGAACAGCACUCACAUGGUUCUCUUUGUCUUAUAAACUCCAUGUUUCCUUCUUGUCCGAUACCUCAAAGUCCUUACUGUACUUUUUUGUCCAGUGCAAACCUGGGCUUAUACUACUGUACUUGUUUUUGUGACUUUUUAAUGAACCUGUUCAUCUUGAAGAUGAUGGAUAUGAUUUUACCCAGUGUUCUUAACAAGAAUUGCUCCACACUGUAAAAAAAAAAAAAUUUUUUUUUUAAUACAUGGGAAAAUAAAACCUUUUGGAGCUCAGCUUAUAACGUGUAAACGUGUCCUGGUUUUUCCAUUUAAUCUCCAUUCAUCUUUAGUAACCAUUCUAUCCUGGUAAGGGCCGCGGUGGGUCCGGAGCCUUUCCCAGGAACAUUAAAUGCAAAACAGGAUUCCACUUCAUGAUGGUAAUUUAAAUGAGUUUCUGGUAGAGUAACAGGAUUAAAGUUAAACUUGCUGAAAAACAAGACCCAAGUUAUUUGGUGGUUUAAUGUAGCUGGGUGAUUUAAUUCAGACUAAAGCUUAAUCUUUGCUGGUGGAACCUAGUGUUGGACUACUUAUCCACAAUUUAUUACACAUAAAAUGUUGCACAUCUCAGAUUUGACUGAGUCCCAAUGCGACACAUUGCACCACUGUGCCUCCAUGCAUUUAAUCUUUAAAAUUAAAUAUUUUUGAUCUGCUCAGGCUUAAGAGUACCAUUCUGGACCAAAGUUUUACUCAAGUCUUAAAUCACCUCAAAUGCACAACACUGUUACCUUGCUAAUUGGAGACUUACCGUUGAGGACUACCAGAGUUUAUUACAGUAUAAAGGACACUUCAGCGACUCAAAGCAGUCCAGUCAAGUCUAGGUUAUUACACUGAACACUUUCAUUAAAGCCAGUCUCCGCUGAGUCAAGGAGCUACAAACAGACCCCUGAAAGAGGAAAAACGUUCCAGACAGUUUCAGUCAUCAGUUUGGUGCCAAUUCUUUAUUACCUGUGAGUAGCAUAGACUUUGCUAAAAUCAGCAUAAGAGCUUUGUUACAGGACAGAGAGAGACAUAGAGGUGAUGUGAGAGUGAUAUUAUACAGUGUAACAAUGCUUCUGUGUUCAGGGUGAAUUUUACAGUGGUGAAGCACUGAACAGUACCAUGACAUGAACAUGCGACAGCAACACUGAUGACGCCCCCUUCGGUUCCAGGACAGCAGAGUGCAUAGAACAACUCCGAAUUGCUGUUUGCAUUGUAAGAAUCAUUCAAUUCUGGACACCCCAAAGCGCACAGGAUGCCUACAACAAAACAGUGCUAAUGUGGGUUUUAAGGACUGCUUAGUAAAAUAUAACAUCUGUAUGUAUAAAUAUGAAACUCAGAAUUAACAGGGAUUUCUCUGCCAUUGGAAAAAGGACUUUUUUUUUUGUUUGUUUUGUUUUCUUGAUUCAGGAAUCCGUACAUAUUUUGAAUGUCUUUUUUUGGGAGGGUUUAGUUACAGGUGGAAGGAGGUACUAAGAGUGAAGCAUUAAGACAAAGACCAAUUCCAACACUCAGACACAAGCCUUCUCUCUGAACGCACUCCAAGACUGAAGGAAGAGGAGGUUUGCUCCGAGUAUUGUACUGCAGUCAGUAGUUACUGAGCAAGACAGACAGCAGUACUCUGCGUCUCUUAAGGACAAUUAAACCAUACUCACAGAUGCUCCAAACCAUCGCAGCUCACAACACCAAAAAAAAAAAAAAAAAAAGGAAAAAAAAAAACCCAACAAAAAAAACCCAACAA